ACAAUGCAGUGGGUAACCUUUGUUUCCCUUCUCUUUCUCUUCAGCUCUGCUUAUUCCAGAGGCGUGUUGCGUCGUGAUACACACAAGAGUGAGAUUGCUCAUCGGUUUAAUGAUUUGGGAGAAAAACAUUUCAAAGGCCUGGUGCUGGUUGCCUUUUCUCAGUAUCUCCAGCAGUGCCCAUUUGAGGACCACGUAAAAUUAGUGAAUGAAGUAACUGAAUUUGCAAAAAAAUGUGCUGCUGAUGAGUCAGCUGAAAAUUGUGACAAGUCACUUCAUACUCUUUUUGGAGAUAAACUGUGUACAGUUGCAACUCUUCGUGCAACCUACGGUGAACUGGCUGACUGCUGUGAAAAACAAGAACCUGAGAGAAAUGAAUGCUUCCUGACACACAAAGAUGAUCACCCGAACCUCCCCAAGCUGAAACCAGAACCGGACGCUCAGUGCGCCGCCUUCCAGGAAGAUCCAGACAAGUUUCUGGGAAAAUACCUGUAUGAAGUUGCCAGAAGACAUCCUUACUUUUACGGCCCAGAACUACUUUUCCACGCUGAGGAAUAUAAAGCAGAUUUUACAGAAUGCUGUCCAGCUGAUGAUAAGCUGUGUCUGAUACCGAAGCUUGAUGCUUUGAAGGAAAGAAUACUGCUUUCAUCUGCCAAAGAGAGACUCAAGUGCUCCAGUUUCCAAAAUUUUGGGGAGAGAGCUGUCAAAGCAUGGUCAGUAGCUCGCCUGAGCCAGAAAUUUCCCAAGGCUGACUUUGCAGAGGUUUCCAAGAUAGUGACAGAUCUUACCAAAGUCCACAAGGAAUGCUGCCACGGUGACCUGCUUGAAUGUGCCGAUGACAGGGCGGAUCUUGCCAAGUACAUAUGUGAACAUCAAGAUUCAAUCUCUGGCAAACUGAAAGCAUGCUGUGAUAAACCUUUGUUGCAAAAAUCCCACUGCAUUGCCGAGGUGAAAGAAGAUGACCUGCCUAGUGACCUGCCUGCAUUAGCUGCUGAUUUUGCUGAAGAUAAGGAAAUCUGCAAACACUAUAAGGAUGCCAAAGAUGUCUUCCUGGGCACGUUUUUGUAUGAAUACUCAAGAAGGCAUCCUGAUUACUCCGUCUCCUUGCUGUUGAGAAUUGCCAAGACAUAUGAAGCCACGCUGGAGAAGUGCUGUGCGGAGGCCGACCCUCCUGCGUGCUACGCCACAGUGUUUGAUCAGUUUACACCUCUUGUGGAGGAGCCUAAGAGUUUAGUCAAGAAAAACUGUGACCUUUUUGAAGAGGUUGGAGAGUAUGACUUUCAAAAUGCGCUCAUAGUUCGUUACACCAAGAAAGCACCCCAGGUGUCAACUCCAACUCUCGUGGAGAUUGGAAGGACCCUGGGGAAAGUGGGCAGCAGAUGCUGUAAACUUCCUGAAUCAGAAAGAUUGCCCUGUUCUGAAAACCAUCUGGCCUUGGCCCUGAACCGGUUGUGUGUGUUGCAUGAGAAGACACCAGUGAGUGAGAAGAUUACCAAAUGCUGCACGGAUUCCUUGGCGGAAAGACGGCCAUGCUUUUCUGCUCUGGAACUCGAUGAAGGAUAUGUUCCCAAAGAAUUUAAGGCUGAAACAUUCACCUUCCAUGCAGAUAUAUGCACACUUCCUGAAGAUGAGAAACAAAUCAAGAAACAAUCUGCACUUGCUGAACUGGUGAAACACAAGCCCAAGGCAACAAAAGAACAACUGAAAACUGUCCUGGGAAAUUUCUCAGCCUUUGUAGCCAAGUGCUGCGGAGCUGAGGACAAAGAGGCCUGCUUUGCUGAGGAGGGUCCAAAACUUGUUGCUUCGAGUCAACUUGCCUUAGCCUAAAAACAACGCAAUCACGAGCAUCUCAGCCUACCCUGAGAAUAAGAGAAAGAAAGGGAAAUGAAGACCCAGAGCUUAUUCAUCUGUUUUUAUUUUCUGUUGGUGUAAAACCAACACUCUGUCUAAAAAAACACAAAUUUCUUUAAACAUUUUGCCUCUUUUCUCUGUGCUGCAAUUAAUAAAAAAAAUGAAAACAAUCUAACAUA